AUGCUCCAUUUGUGGCGUUUCGCUGUGCUGGUCGCAGCUCUGCUUGUUGCUGCUGUCUUGGGACAAACUAACACCUCGCAGUCUGGAUGUGAGGUUUGUGCAAUCACAGGUGACUGUUCAAAGGCUUAUCAAGGCACUCCAGGCAAGUUUUGUGGUAAUUGGCUGGACCAGCAGAAUGAGCGACGUCCAUGCUGCUGCCCUGACGACGCCGUCUGCAAGGUAUCGAACUACGCCUGCAAUUGUGGCUAUGUCGGCAUGGCGGGACGGUAUCCUGCAGGUAAUGAUGAUGGUGGUCUGCUGUGGCUGUGGUCUCUUCUCGGGUCGCUAGCGCUGUUGCUAUGCUGCUGUGGUUGCUGCUUCAUGGCGGCCAAGCGAGUGAGAGACCGUCAAGACCAAGACAGCCCAAUUCCGGUUGCGGCUCCUGUGGCAAGUCCGAUCCCUGGAGGCGUGGGUAGCCAGCCAUACGGGGCCACCUCGACAGCGUAUGCUUGCGACCCGCCCUAUCAACUAGGAUAUGCUACUGCUACACCAGCUUAUGGCCAGUAUCAUGGUCAAAGCAGACGUGGAGGCGGCAUGGGAGCUGGUACCGGUGCAGCACUGGGCGGUACAGCCGGUCUGCUCGGUGGACUAAUGCUUGGAGGGGCGCUAGCUGAUCAUGGCGACUCUUAUGAUAAUGGAGGUGACAUAGGAGGCUUUGAUAGCGGAGGGGGUGACUUUGGUGGAGAUUUCUGA